AUGAGUUGUAUAUUGGAUGAAACUAAAUUACUUGAAAGAUUGAGGUCUUUUCAAAAGAGUUGUAUUGAAAAUAGAAGAUGUGCUAAUUGUAAUGAGAUUGGACCCAACUAUGUUUGUAUUGAUUUUGGAACAUUUGUAUGCUCAAUAUGUUCUGGCAUUCACCGAGAAUUUAAUCAUAAAGUUAAAGGAAUAUCCCUAUCUAAGUGGACACUUGAUGAAAUAAAAUUUAUAUGUAAUCAUGGAAACAAAAAGGAUUACUUAACAUUUCUCGAAAAUGGAAAUAUUACCUCCUUAAAACCUCCACCAAAUUCUAAUAACCACCUAGUCCUCAAGGAAUUUAUUAAAAAUAAAUAUAUUGAUCGUAUUUGGGUUAAUCAAUCACUAUAUAAUCUCUACUAUAAUAACAAUAACAAUGAUAAUAAUAAUAAUACAUCAAAUCAAAACUCAUUUACCAAAAAACCAACUAGUAACUCUAAUAAUAACCACCAUUUCUUUCAUCCAAAUGAUGGUAUCCAAUAUAAAUACAAGCAAAACAAUAAUCCAAAUCAAAAUAAUAAAAAAGAUUUUAUUGAUAGAAAUCCUUUCUCUUUUAUUAACUAG